AUGGAGUCUGGCCUGUCCUUGCGCAUGCAGACGACGCUGGAGGAGCUGCUGCCUGCUUUUGGCGCUACUGCCCCACUGAAGCAGUACAACCCCACCGCUUCUAUCGACUUGUCAAGCGCGCAAAACGAGGUUCUUCGCUCGGAACUCGUCGAAUUCUUCAAGAGCACGAUAGAAGACAAAUUAACAGGCCAGGCUUUCGCUUUGCCGGGUCCUGGUCGUCUGGAUGGGGGGCAUCUACAGCUCCGCGAAGCUCUAGCUUCUUUCUUCAACACAUGGUGGAAUCCUAUUCAUGUGGUCAAGCCCGAGCACAUUGUGCUCACUGCGGGUGCCAGCGAUGCACUCGAAAACGUCAUCCACGCCGUGUGCGACGACGGAGACAGCGUUUUGGUCCCCGGCCCAUACUGGUACGGCUUCGAGCACAUACUCAAGUCACGAGCCAACGUCAACGUAAUCCUUGCCCAGCCACCCACCUACGAAAACUAUGACAACUAUCUUCUCCCAUCACUACAGGCGGCGUACGACUUCUCAGACGACAGGUCACGUAUCAAGGCUGUUCUGCUGUGUAAUCCGCAUAAUCCCCUGUCGAGAUGCUAUCCCAAGAAGGCCCUCUUGGAGCUCAUGGAGUUCUGCCAGGAGCGGGGACUUCACUUGAUAUCUGACGAGAUAUAUGGACUUGCGGGAUUAAAUGGCGUACCUACAAGUGCUCCGAAUUUUGUGAGUGCUCUGAGUUUGACCGAACCGCUUGUACCGGAAGGCGCGGUGAAGGUUGACCCGAGCCGCAUACAUGUAGUUUGGAGUGCGAGCAAACUGUUUGGUAUGAGUGGUUUUCGAGUGGGUUGUCUCGUUUCCCAGCAAAACCCCCAGCUCCUCACCUCAGUCUCGCUAUUGACAUUAAGCCACACCAACAAUAUCGCGUCCCUCUGUCUCUACCACCUCCUUACAUGGUCGCAAUUCCCCACCCUCCUCACAUUGAACUCUGAGCGACUUACAGCGUCCUACCGCUUACUUGCUACCUUUCUGCACAAAUGGAGAAUCGACUUUGUCACCCCUACGCAUGGCAUCUUUCUAUUCGCCAAACUAGUGAAAAACGCGAGAAGCGUAGAAGAUGAGAGGUCGUUCUAUGAUCGACUUGCGCUUCAUGGCGUGAAACUUGGGCAGGGGCGGUUUUAUAGAGGCGUAGAGGGAGAUUUUGGGUGGACUAGGAUACGGUUCUCAGUAUCCAUCGAUGUUUUGAAGUCGGCUUUGGCGAGUAUCGAUUCAUUCCUUUUGCAGAACAACUAA